UAUUUUAAUCUCUACAGCAGGCAAGCUGUAGCCGAUCGAGGCAAGAAAAGAGAAAGACUGGGAAGACACCUACCGAAGUGCAUUUGCUGCAUGAUUGUUUUUUAACUGUGUCAGUGUGUGGCUCAGCGCGAUGAUCACUGAGUGAUGAUUCAGAUAGUGAAUACUUGAAUGCGGUUUGCGCGUCAAAUUUUACUAGAAAAUAGUAUUCAAUUAUUCUGGCUCAAUUGUAGAGGAAGGAGUUACUGUAGUCAAAGACAAACCUAGAAUCUCUCUAUCCGCGUACUGAGAAUGCGUUCUGUAACCACCAAUUAGCAAUGGCGAAGUGUAAGGACUGGAAAUCCAUUGACAGGCUUCCGUUCCUGCUCGCAUUCGUCUUGCUGAUUGCACUGCCGAUCCUAUUCUACGUGUUUUGCGGCCCUUACCUGGCGCGGCAUGGUGCUCUAGUGGGGAUUGUCAUUGUACCAAUUCUGCAGGCCGCAACAAUUGUGCUGCUACUUCUGACUAGAUUUUCCAACCCUGGCACCCUUCCCAAAGAGCAACCGCCGUCCGAUCUAGAUGACGACUUCAAAUAUCCACUGCAGCGGGAUGUCACCAUUGACAACAUUGUAGUCAAGGUCAAGUGGUGUCGAACAUGCAACUUCUACCGACCUCCGCGCGCCUCGCAUUGUUCGCAAUGUGACAACUGUGUGGAGGAGUUUGAUCACCAUUGCCCGUGGCUGGACAACUGCAUUGGUGCAGGGAACUACCGCUUCUUCUUUCUGUUACUGGUCACCGCAUCCGUUCUCAUUCUCAUCGUCUGCGCCUUCUCCAUACUGGUGGCAGUCAAGGGAGCGUCCAGCAACAAGACCCAGUACAUUGGAUCAAUAGUCAUGGCGUGCACUACCGGCAUCCUGUUCUUGUUGGUGGUGUCACUGAAUAUGUUCCACGUCUAUCUCAUUGUACUAGGCCAGACGACCAAUGAGUUUGUUGGUGGGCGCUUCUCAUACAACCGAAACCCGUACAACCGAGGCUGGCGCAAGAACUUCAUGCGCAUAUCCUGCAGUGCUUAUCGUCCAAUGUACAGGAUGAUCGACACAUUCAGCGGCAAUGCCAUCGACCCGAAGGUCUCUCUUUUCUUACAGCCCAGCUCACCGCCCAAGGAGAACGGGCACUCGCCAGCACGGGCGUUAAGCUCCACUAGUGCAACGGCGUUGAUUGAUUCCGACCCUGGUGCUUCUUUGAAUGUAAACCUGACGAACAGUGAUCAGUCAUCUCAGCCCAGUCUGCUCUUCAAUGGCAGCAUAGACUACGUUGUUCCAGAUACACCGACGUUUGCCGGCACGCCAACAAUAUCACUAGCCGGCGAUUGCCCCGGCGAUUGCCAGGUUCAAAUUGCUGAAACAGCCAGCAUCAAUGAUACAGUGAAAUCACUAGUAAGUACAGAAGUCCAGAUCUAGCUUCUCGAAUCGCAGACGCCAGCAUCACUCCUGCUCAGCUUGCCACGUGCUGUGAGCUGUGGGUGCUGUGCCGUGCAACGCUGCGCGACACCACGUCAACUGCUGAGCACGGCGUAAGUGUAGUGCGGUGGUGGAGUUUAAACGUGCGGAUGACACGCAGCAGCCAGACACACAGCCAGGUCUAGUGUGUGGAGUGUCAUCACUGGUGACCCUGGUGUCUGUGCCCAGUAGUCUCGCUCUGCUCUGCUCUGCUCUGCUUUGCUCGGAGGAGUAUGUGUGCUCGCACGCCUCAUACUAGUAGUUCCGAGAGCAGGUUGUCUCUUGUCUGCUUUGACGUGCAAACCGUGUCCAUAGAUCACCUCCAGCUGAGCUUUGGCCGGAUACGGUGGUGGUGCUUACACUUACAGACUGCACUGCAGGCUGGCGAGUGGCAGUGGCGCAGCCCCCGAGCCGCACACAUGCAGCUCACUGCUGCGCUGUCUAGCUACAACAAGUCUGUUGAGAGUUGAGACCGAGGACAUGCCAGCUUCCGCACCCAUUGCUAGUACGCUGGUGGGCUGUGGCACUGUAGUGUAGGCCGAUGCCAUGUCGCUGGUGUGCCCCUGAAAGUCUUCGCGUGGCGCUUGCUAAUUGAAAAGUGUCAGACUGUCUUGCUUCGUUGGCCGCACCCUUGCCUCACUGAAUCACACGCGGUGUUUUGCCCGUGAUCGUGGCACCUGCCAAUUGAAACUUGGCAGAUUCCGUCUUGCUUCGCUACUGUAUAUAUGGCUGCACCUUUGCCUCGCUGAAUUUCACUGGGUUGUUGUUUCCCCGCUGUCUUGUACUUGCUCUCUCUCUUCUUUUGUACCCCUCCCCCUUGGUUUUUAUUUAUAAUGCUGCUGGCUCGGCCGUCUGCUUUGAAGCUCCUUGUUAUUAAUCUGAGAAAACAGAAUUUAUCCUAAUUAUUAUCCACACUUCCUGGAGUAUAUCACUGUCCACUUUUUUUAAGGGAAGUGAACUUUUUUUAUCAUGCUCUCGUUGUCAUUUUCAACAAAGAGGCCUAUUCGUAUUCUAUUCAUAUUUAUGACGGGCCAAGCAGAACAGGGUAUUCUUCUCACGGCCCUCUGACAUAUUUAUCGUUCAUCAUAAUAAUUAUAAAACAGCACCGUGGAGAAAUC